AUGGUGGCUAUAGUUAAAAAUUGGUUAAAAAAAGAAAAAUAUGGAGAAGGAAAAUGGUGGUUAUUAUUAUUAGCAUACAAUAAUACUAAGAAUAGCAAGGGGAAUUCUCCAGCAGAGAUGUUUUUAGGUAGAAAAACAAGAACGGAAUUAGAUUUUUUGAAAGAAAAAAUAAAGCCAAAAGAUAAUACAUAUGAUGAUAAAAUUAAAGUUGGAAGUUUGGUAUGGAUUCUUCUGUUUGAGGGUCCAGUUAAAUGGGGGAAAGGAAUAGUAAGCAAGAAUAUAGGAAGAAAAAAAGUUGAAGUAGAAAUUGAAGGACAAGAAGGGACAUAUACAAGACACCUGAAACAAAUAAGGCAUAGAAGCUUAGGACAUUAA